AUGCAACAGUAUCAAAAUAAUAAUCCAUUGGGUUUUACGAGAGAAACUGCCUCUUUAUUAACCGGCUUAGGUGUUUCUAACCUAAGUGAAUUUGAAAAGAGAGACAUUUCUUUUGAUGAUUUGAAAUACUUGACAGAUGAAGAUUUAGAAGUAUUACAGGUUGGAGACAAGUUUGAUUAUGAAUCAUUUAGAAAAAUGAGGGAUAAUUUGAAAAAAAAAUAUGAUACAAAAGCUGACAUACCUGCAGAUACAUUAAAAAUCCUUGGUGCUGUCAGAAGGCAAGCAGAAGUCAUAAAUUUAUACUGUCAAUUUUUAAUAAAGAUGUCUGAUGAUCUUCCAGACUAUUUUAUUGACAAUGAUACACACUUAAAAGCUUCUGAUGUUCUGGUUCAAGGGGUUGAUUCGGUACUUGGAGAACUAAACAAUUUACAGAAGGCUGUUGAAAAUUUUCAGGUAAUCGACAAGGAAGAAUUACAAGAAGUGAUAAAUAAGCGUCAAGCACGUACGAUAGAUGGAUUUGUGUCAGAGAAGGAUGAAAUAUUUAAAAACGACGGAUUAGACUAUCGGAUGAUAUUAAAAGGGAUAGCAGCGGGAAUCAUUACGUUUUAUGUGAUAAAAAAGUUUAUUCUUAAAUAA